AUGGACCUGGAAACCGACACAAACCUCAAACCGCCCGAUCAAAAUACCCAAGAUGCCGACGACCUCGCCGAAUUCGGCCAUGAGCAGAUUCUGGCCCGCAAGUUCAAUAUCUGGAGCAUGCUAGCCUUGGCAUUCUGCGUGCUGGGGACAUGGUCGACAUUCGCUCAGGACUUGUCCGACGGAUUGAUCAAUGGUGGGCCGGUCUCAAUCCUGUGGGGUCUCUGUCUGGUCACAUUUUGCAAUACCUGCGUGGCUAUCUCGCUGGGCGAGAUCUGUAGCAGCAUGCCCACUGCGCUGGGUCAGGCAUACUGGGUUUAUCGUCUGUGGGAUUCGCGGUUCGGUCGAUUCCUGUCGUACAUGUGUGCCUGGAUCAAUGUCUUUGGGUGGUGGACACUGGCUGCAUCUCAAGUGGCAUUUAUGACGAACUUCCUUCUCGGAAUGAAAGUCAUGUUUUAUCCUGAGUGGACGGGGGCGUCGACAGGGUGGUUGGAAUUCGUGGUGUACGUUGGAUGUGUCUUUGUCCUCACGUUGAUCAAUGUGGUGGGAUGUCGGAAAGAGAAGUUCCUUCCGUGGAUGAACAACUUUGUUGGAAUUUGGUUCUUCGGUCUCUUCUUCGUGUUUUGUCUUGCGCUGCUGAUUUCCGUCGGGACUAGAGAAGGUCUGGCCUUCCAGCCUGCUACAUUCACGUUUGGAAAAUGGAUUAAUCAGACUGGAUGGCCGGAUGGCGUCGUCUGGUUCAUUGGUCUGGUCCAGGCUGCUUAUGGACUGACUGCGUUCGACGCCGUCAUUCAUCUCGUGGAAGAGAUACCUGCCCCUCGCAAGAAUGCUCCUAAGGUCAUCUAUCUGGCUGUGAUCUCUGGAGCCAUCAGUGGUUUCAUCUUGAUGAUGGUCUGUCUCUUCUGUAUCCAGGAUGUGUACUCCGUGGUCAAUUCCGCCAGUGGCCUUCCAUUCAUGGAACUCGUCCAACAGACAGUCGGUCAAACCGGAGGCGCAGUACUCAUCGCCCUCUUCGUCACAAAUGGUCUCGGUCAAGGCAUCAGUAUUGUCACCACGGCCUCCCGUCUAACAUUUGGUUUCGCCCGCGAUGGCGGACUGCCAUUCAGCACAUACCUGUCCGAAGUGAGCCCGUACUGGAAAGCCCCCGUCAGAGCACUCUGGUUCCAAGGAGCCAUCAUUGCCUUAGUUGGCGUUCUCUUCUUGUUCGCCGAGACAGUCCUGAAUGCGAUUCUCAGCGUCAGCACAAUCGCCCUGACCAUUUCGUAUGGCCUCCCCAUCAUGACAGUGUUACUGAUGGGCCGAGACAAGCUUCCCCAUGGAGGCCAGUUCCAUCUUGGGAAGUUCGGAGCGCCCGCCAACUGGGUUUCCCUCAUCUACUGCUGUAUUACGACUGUUUUCUUCUUUUUCCCCAGCGCACCUAAUCCAUCUGGGGGAGAUAUGAACUACGCUAUUGGCGUCUUCGGCGUGAUGCUGGUUAUUGCGGUGUCUUUUUGGUUCUUCCAAGGUAGUCGGACCUAUUUGAAUACAGAAGAGUCUAUGCCGCAUGUGCUUCAGGCUCAAGCAGUCGCUCAAGAGGUGGCUCCAGAACCGAAGAAGACUGACCAGUGA